AUGUCGAACCUUGCAAAGCUUGAAAUUGUGGCUCUUGAUAUUACUGGGAAAAACUAUUUAUCAUGGGUGUUAGAUGCUGAAAUACACCUAGAUGCUAAAGGGAUUGGUGAAACAAUAAAAGAAGGAAAUAAAGCAACAUGUCAAGAUAAAGCUAAAGCUAUGAUAUUUCUUCGCCAUCACCUUCACGAGGGGCUAAAAACUGAGUAUAUGACAGUUAAAGACCCACAAAUCCUUUGGAGUAAUCUAAAGGAAAGAUUGCAAGAUUUUAAAUCUGUGAGUGAAUAUAACUCAGCCAUGUUUAAAAUUACUUCUCAUCUGAAAUUAUGUGGAGAGAAAAUUACUGAUGCAGAUAUGUUAGAAAAAACAUACUCCACUUUUCAUGCAAACAAUGUUGUCCUGCAGACACAGUAUCGAGAAAAAGGUUUUAAAAAAUAUUCUGAAUUAAUAUCUUGUCUUCUUGUGGCUGAACAAAAUAAUGAGCUGUUAAUGAAAAAUCAUGAAGCACGCCCUACUGGCUCAACUCCAUUCCCUGAAGCGAAUGUGACAUCCCAUGAUGGGAAAGUAUCAAAGAAUAAAGACCAUGCCAGCAGCAGUGCUCGUGGCCAAUGGCGAGGCCGUGGGCGUGGACGUGGUUUUGGUGGCUAUGGUAGAGGUCGUGGAGGUUAUUACAAGAGCUCACAUUCCCACCAGAAGUGGGACCGCAAAGAUGGUAAAGGUGAGAAAGAAAAAAGUGACAAUGUGACUAGUGUUUGUUAUCGUUGUGGAGGAAAAGGUCAUUGGUCACGCGUAUGUCGCACUCCAAAACACCUUGUUGACCUUUAUCAAUCAUCAUUGAAGAAGAAAGGAAAGAAUGUUGAGACCAAUCUUUUAUUUGAAGAUGGCGAAGGUGAUUUUGAGUCUGGUGAUACAACUCACCUAGAAGUUGCAGAUUUCUUCACUUCCCCUGAAGGGAAUAAUUAA